CCUAAAAUCGCUUGACAGUCUGCUUAAUUGUUGUCUUUUCGGGCUAAAAUGCACUUUCGAAUGAGAGGUCCCAGUUUUUCCGUCUCGACCAAAAUGGCGCAACACUGAGUCGAGAUCAUAUGACUAAAAGAUGACGUAAGAACUACCCAGGAUGCAACACCUCCUUUACCUCUGACCUCCCGACGGCCAGCAAAAUAUCAGCUCUUGGAAAAACACGUGGAUUUUUGACAUCCACACUUGUACCCUGUUUUUCUGCCGUAUUUCGGCGAUCUUGUACUUCUCUAUUAUGUCUGAGGAAGGCGAGGCUUUGCUGGAAGAAGCAGAAAACCGCAGGAGACGGAAGAUAGGACUGAUCGCAGCGGGAAUGGUGGGGGGUGCAGCAGUGGCAAUCACGGCCGUGGCUGCGCCGUUCGUUUUGCCGGCCAUGAGGAAAAUAUGUUUACCGUACGUGCCUGCCACGCAGGAACAAGUAGGCAACGUUUUCAAACUCUUACAGGGGCGAUCGGGAACCCUGGUGGACCUCGGGAGUGGGGACGGAAGAAUUGUUAUAGCUGCAGCAAAGCAGGGUUUCCGUGCAGUAGGUUAUGAGCUGAACCCAUGGCUGGUCUGGUACUCCCGGCUCAGUGCAGUAAGACAUGGUGUGUUCGGGAAAGCAAGAUUCUACAGGAGAGAUCUCUUUAAGGCAAACUUUGCUGAGUUAGACAAUGUAGUCAUCUUUGGUGUGCCUCAAUUGAUGCCUCCUCUUGAAGAGAAGCUGUCACGAGAGUUACAAAGAAGUGCCAAAGUGGUAGCGUGCAGGUUCAAUUUCCCAACAUGGCUGCCUUCACAAACAAUAGAGGCGGGAGUGGACAGUGUAUGGGCGUACGAAGCCAAGGACAUUGUGAUGAGAUAUCUAUGGGAGGACUGAGAAAAGUAUAAGGAAUGAUACGCUAUAUACCACUCAUGUUUUAUAAUGUACUGCUGAUACAUUUUGUAUUUUGCAAUAAAAGUUGUAAAUGGAUACUUAAUACCAUACGGUAUUUCAAAUGUACUGAAGGCAAUAAAGAAGACUGACAGGU